AUGCUUAACCACUCCCCCAAGCUGAUAGACAUCAGCGCUCUUUUUUUGCAGCUGGAGUGGGGGGUGAUCUGGAAACAACGGGUUGAACAAAGUCUCAUUGCCGCGGAGGAAAGCGUUGAGGGGCUCAGGAUCAGGGCGCUUGGCCCCCAGAAGAAGAAGCAUUGGAGCAAUGCCCCCGUGAAGAAGAGCGCGGUCCAAAAGACGGUAAAAUGGCGAAGACCAUGA